AUGUGCAACAGUGGCUGCAGACAUAAAGCGUGUGAACUGCUCAAAGGUAGUGGCAUCGCGGCGUGCAUCCAUGGCUGUAAUCCAGGACUCCAGGGUACAAGCUGCAGCAUACCAUGUGAACAUCAGAGACAGUGUACAGAAUGUAAAGGGGGAUGUGACGACGGCUACUGCCAGAUUGGGUCAGUCUGUGUUUCUGGAUGCGUUGACUCCUACUAUGGCCUUGACUGCAAGAACUGCUCUGAACGAUGUAAAUCGUGUAAUAGAAGCACGGGAAUGUGUAGCCAGUGUCAUUCUCCGUACACUGCCCCCAACUGUGAGAUGCCAUGUGAGAAUUGUAAAGGAACAUGCAAGGCUGGAUGUGAAGAAGGCUGUAAUCCUGGAUUUUAUGGUCAUUGGUGUGACAAGGUGUGUGGUGAAAACUGCCGCGCCGGCCUUGACGCAACUUUUGUGCUAGAAUGUGACAGAAAUGUCUCCAACACGUGCAUCCUCGACUGCGACAAGAAGACAGGACAUUGCAUCCACGGUUGUAAUCCCGGAUUCUAUGGCCAUUGGUGUGAAAAGGUGUGCAGUGAAAACUGCCUCCCUGACCCCGACGGAACUUCAUCAUCAGCCUGUGACAGAAAUGUCUCCGCCAAUUGCACCCCCGAAUGUGAUAAAACGACAGGAUACUGUAUUCAUGGCUGUAAUGUCGGAUGGCAUGGUACUAACUGCUCAUCUCGAUGUACCUCAAAGUGUGCAAAUCUGCCCUGCGCUGAGUCAGGAGCGUGUGUAGAUGGUUGUGCACCAGGGUAUGCUGGGACUGACUGUACAUGCUAUGAGAACUGCAUCGAUCAUGAUUGCCACUCGGAGAACGGAACCUGUGUGAAAGGGUGCGACAAUGGUUACUAUGGUGAAUUUUGUAACAAUUCCUGUGAGAUAUGCAUUGAUGGGAUUUGUGACCAGGAGUUUGGAACCUGCACACAAGGAUGCAACAUUACUGAUCAUGGAUGCAAAUCUACCUGUUCAAGUGACUGUUCGAUAGACAUCUGCCGAAAUCAAAGUACAUGUGAUACAGCACCACAUUACGACCACAUUACAUCAACCAAGCCUCACAGUCAUCCACCUACCGAGAAUGUAGAACACAUCCGCAUCAUCGCCAGAAUGAAGGAGCAAGUGAAGACAGACAUCAUCCAUGUGCAGCAGAUCUACAACGCCGAACUCGACCGAGCUGUCGAUGAUGUUGCUGUUCCUCCGCCAGUGUCCAGGCUGCUCUCUACCGACACCGCUCCAAGUCCAUCUCACCUCUCCCAGAAUCCCGAGCCGCCGUCGACCUUCAAGAACCCUGGACUAAGACUGAAGAUGGAAGAGACUUCCUGUGCAUUAAUGAUGGUGUUGAAGAUAGACUAUGUUCCCAAUCGCCAUCUCCCUACUCCCAAACAAGACCGACAGACCUAUGUCCGACUGUUCACCUUGCUGAAAGAUGUUGUUGGCACAAGGACUGGUGUAGACCUCUCUCAAGACCUCAUCCAGACAGACUACGAGGCAGCUGUCAUCAGUGACAUCAUGAUGUCUUCCCAGCAAGUUCAGGCAGAGGAUUUUUUUCCACUACGCCCAGGCUCUGUAGAGACAAGUUGUGGACAAGUUGAGGCCUGGCCCGAGACUACAAUGACAACCCAGCAGUGCAGACCCACACCAGAAGAGCUGUUGCGUUGCCGCUUCUACCCCUAG